CUGUGCUAAUUAUUGACGAGACCCUGCGCAGUUGGCUGUGCCUCCCGUUCUUGCACAAAAAUUUGGAACGGCCAUCCGAUAUAUAACUUCCUCCUUAAGCUUCUACGUUCAAACUUUUCGUUUUCAGAACCGAUGUCGCCAACAAAUCACCCCCCAGCGCAUUCCAGUCAACUAGCAGCUGAGUCUCCGAGCGCUUUUCAGUAUGGGUCUCCUCCACCACACACGACAGAUUCAAUGGGACUUGACGAGGAAAUGCCUCCAGCCUACACUCCAUCUGCAGACACUUACCAUGGAGAGACCACAGUAGAAGUCGGUCCUCGCAGACCCUUCCAACAACAACCACGACCUAGUCAUAGCACACACAGAUCCUCGCAUUCACACUCCUCUUCUCAUUCCCAUUCAUCGAACACCACUUCUUCAUCAUCAAAUUCUCAGCUGUUUUCCCCGUCCCAACAGCGUCCGCAGCAGUCACAGUGGAGAGUUCCGAGUUCGUUAUCAGCGCCCGCUUCUCAGCAAUACCAGUCUCGCCGAGGGGGCGGCCUGGUUGGAGCACUCGUCGGUACGGUGCUCAAUGCAGUGGACACUGUUUCGAGUAUGCAUGAUGAGCAUAUGCGGUCCAUGCAACAAUCCCAAGCGGGUGGCUAUGCAGCUCCGUAUCCGAUGUCUUCCUCUCGUAUGACCCAGAGCACUCAUUCGCCGUCAUAUCAGGGGGGUCAAGGCCCAGUUCUUGGGGUAUCUUCUGUGCAGCAGAUUCCUCGGCGGGACAUUCCGGAUGAUGGUAGUCCCACUAGAACCCCCGCGCCUGGACACCCAUUACUAAAUAACGGACACAUCCUCGUAUACCCCAAUGAGGCCUACAUGUGUGUCAAAUGCAACAAUACGGGAUACAAGAAUUAUGAUCCCUCCCACCCCUGUAGAAAAUGCUGGGAGAAAUACGGAAAACCGUUUACUGGCGCAUUGAUGUAUACAUCCUGGAACACUGAUUCUUCAUCCCGUCCCUCAAAGUUUCAGCGUGCUCUACCCAGGUUUACCCCACCGCAGGCAUCGCAGCUUUCAAUUCAGUCCUCGAGUUACAUUGGCCCAUCAUCGCAUGCCGUUCCCCCACAAGCGCCUGCACUAUACGUGUUUAAUCCUAUAAUAGGCAUGGGCCAAACCCCACCCGUUCCGCAUGCCGUUCCUGUGCGCCCAGGUGAUCCGCGCCUUGGGGGUCAAAUGUGCCUCAAGUGUGGUGGCACAGGAACGCUGCCGCUCUUUAUUAUUGACGUGAAACCUUGCUCUGUGUGUGGCGGAAUUGGGCGCAACUUGCGGUAGGUGCGUGUAUGAGAUGCUCAUAUAAAGAGAGUUUGGUAUGGUACAAUAUACUAUUCAUUCAUGACCGUUAAUGUUUUCUUGGGUUACACACUUUCAUUUGUACCAGUAUGCGCAUUCAUCAUUGUGUACUCUCGAUCAAAUUUCAUAUUCUGGCUGUAUUCCCGCUCUCUGGAACGAGGGGACUUGCUACUGCCGUCAUCAAGGACUAUCUUCCAUCACAAACUGGAGCUCAAUACGUAUUACGAAUGCGUCGUCGUCGCAUACCUUGCCACCACAUCAUGA